AUGGUGGGCGAGAAGGUUUUCUUGAAAGUCUCACCAAUGAAGGGUAUCAUGAGGUUCGGAAAUAGGGGCAAGAUAAGUCCAAAGUUCAUCAGUCUGUUUGAGGUGUUGGAGCGAGUUGGAGAGGCUGCAUACAGGCUUGUUAUGCCUCCUAGACUAUCGGGAUUUCAUUCGAUGCUCAACGUGUCUAUACUCCGGAGGUACCAUGCUGACAGGUCACAUGUGUUAGAUUACAGUACAGUGCAGCUUGAUGAGAGCUUGGGUUAUGAGGAGGAUCCAGUUGCCGUUAUUGACAUGAAGGUUCGCAAGUUGAGGUCUAAAAGGAUUUCAACAGUGAAGGUCUAG